AAAGCGCAAGUUAAGUCAAAGCGUUUAGCACUGCCACUCAUCCUUAUCUCACACUUUCAUCCGACCACCAGUCACUUUCCCAGGUUGUACAUGCAAUGUGCGAAUCAGAGUCGCGGUGCGCAUAUCGGUUGAAUAUUAAUAGAAGAGUCGAAGUUACUCACUAGCAACACGUUACUUCGAACUAAGACCUUGGAUAAUCACCGGCACGUAUACACCACCUAUAAACAGUUCGGAAAACUUGCUCGACUUACUAUGUAUGCAAUCACAGUUAUUCGUGCCCAAGGGUAUCAGCCUUUGCGUCCUGAAAAGUCUUGGAGACCAAUUGUUUCUGUGGUGGUAGACCAGCACCAGCAUUAUGAAGUGAACCUAGGAUGUGACGGACAAAACCCGAACCUCAGGGAACGUUUUAUAAUGCGAGGUGCAGACGGCCAUUCCCGAGUGGACAUCGAUGUGUAUUACCAGGCGCCGAGCAAGAAGAAACGCAAGAAGCGGUAUCUAGUUGCAAAGACUUCCUUGUCGCUCCAGGCUCUAUCUAAGUUAAGGGAUACUGCAAAUCCUUUCAAAAUACCGUUGAGGCCUGUGGUUCAACCCUCUGUGCAUAGGUUGGCUCGAGGAAGAACAGUUUCAGUUUCCCUUGUUGCUAUGCUUCAAGUUCCUGAGACUCAGGCGAGACUUUACGUGUUACAAGAUUCAUUAACGUCAGAUGACCAGUAUGACGAUGACAUUAAGUCACUUGGGCGCUCUUCACCGAGGUUUGAAUCAGGAUCAGAUAGGACAAGUAACUUUUCUUGUUCUAGUCGCGCUAUAACUCCUCCAGUCCUACCUGAAUUAUCCGGCAUACGCAUCCGUCGAGGAUAUACCUCGGACAUAGAUGAUGACCGUCCACUCGACGAGCACGUCAAACGCAUUAACGACAGCUAUGACAGCUAUGCAUUUACAGACAAUGCCGACUCGAGUACUAUGGUCGAUGUUGUUCCCCUUGCGCCUUCCCUUCUACCCAGUUACACAGAGCAGAUAUCUGUGGACAAUUCGUUGACAUUUAUUGAUGCCCUUGUCGACUCUUUCUCGUCUUAUGCUGAACUUCGAGAGGCUCGCAAUGACUCUGAGUACGAGCGUAUCUUGGAAAAACUCACAUCCGAAUGGUAUUUUGUCGGUGCAUCGCUGGUCGCUCUUGCCGGGCUUGACGCGGCUGUGUUCGGCUUUUCGUCCAGCUCGUUAUUCUCCGUCAACACUUUCGCCCGAAGCUCAAUAGCUCUGGGGAGUGUUGCUUCAGGCAUCGGUAUUGCAAUCGAUGGUUGGUUCCUCUUGGUGUACAGUGGAGCAAACGCCAAAAAAUUUCAGAAAUUUGCUCGUGACGUAUACGGCAAAUAUCUGUUCUUUUGCAUAUCGUCGCGUCUUCCUGCUGUAUGCAUGUUUGUGUCAGCAUGCGCCUUAAUGGCCUUUUUGCUUUCAGUUGCAUGGUCUGCUUGGCCCACUGCUGUGUUGGUCAUGUGUUUUAUCGCUGGCGGCCUGAUCAGCCUCCAGUUCAUCAUAUAUGGGCUACACUGCAUGGUAAUUUGUAUGACUGAGAUUCUUAGGAGAGCGCGUGGAGGAUUGAUGUGGUGUGUAAGGAGGCCGUCGAACAAUGUCUUGGAGCAUAAUGUUUCCGAAAAAUAGUGGUGUAUCUUGGACAAUUCUCUCGCUAGCAUCAAAACAGCGUUUUACAUUGAAUGAUCGAGAGAUAUGUCUUGAGCCGAUAGUAAUAUCCGGGAGGCUGGAUGAGGUUGGGAGGAGGUCCGUUGCAAUGCCAUAUAUUCGGAUAUUGCGCGCGAUUCAAAGAUUAUUCUGACCUGUUAAGUGUUACCCAGUGCCCAUGAUCAUAGAUCUCCAAAAAAAAAGAGGCAAGAGCUGGGCGAGGAAGCCACCAGCAACGAGGCCCCAGAAGUCUUGCAAGGUAUCGAACGCCGCCACAUUCUCAUACACCUUUAAGCCAUAGAGUUCCGGAGGAGUGGGCCAUUCACGGGGAUCAACAGUCAAGCACUGUCCAAUAAAAA